AUGCGCUCUGCCAUCAUAUUCCUCUCCAUCUUCACCGCCAACGUCCUCGCAGCGCCGCUCAACCUUUGUCUCGGAGCCGACGGUCAAGGUCAUAUCUGCAAGCGGGAAGACGGCCCCGAUACCACGCUCAACCGUCGAGAGCCGAUCAACAUCUGUCUCGGGGCCGAUGGCCAAGGCUAUUGGUCCAAAUUCCAACGCGAGCGCCCCACAAUACGCUUCAUCAACACCAAAGAUUUAAACACCAAAGAGUUUUUCGGUCGAGAUAUACCAAAAUAUGCUAUAUUAUCGCAUACAUGGGGCGACAACGAGCCGACCCUGCAACAAUGGAAGACCAGGCGGGGUCGGGGGGCCACUGGUGACGGCGUUCGUAAGAUCCAUGAUGCCUGCAAACAGGCUGCCAAGCAAAGAUACGAAUGGCUCUGGGCGGACACGGUCUGCAUCGACAAGACCAACCAUAUGGAACUCUCCGAAGCCAUCAAUUCCAUGUAUCAGUGGUAUCGAAACGCACAAGAGUGCUACGCAUUGUUGCAGGACGUCUCCGACGUAAACGUCAAGGAGAGCAAGUGGUUCACGCGCGGUUGGACGCUCCAGGAACUCAUCGCUCCGAAACUUGUCACUUUCUUUAACAAGAAUUGGCAGUCUCUGGGUACCAGGACGACUCACGAGGAAGAUAUUUGUGAAGCUACAGGCAUCGACGGGCGUCAUAUAAAAGUGGCUAACAAGAAAGACGAGUGGCUCAGCAUCCAAGCGGAGCCAACGAUCGCUACCAAAAUGAGCUGGGUUGCACGCCGAAACACCACAAAGCCCGAGGACAGAGCCUACUGCAUGCUUGGAAUAUUUAGUAUCAACAUGCCACCACUAUACGGAGAAGGUGGUGAGAGGGCCUUUAUCCGCUUGCAGGAAGAAAUCACCCUGACAUCCAACGAUCAAACGACCUUCUGUUGGAUGCGGGAGCGCGAAGGCAAGCUCGUCCCGGAGGGCUCGGCCAGUCUCCUUGCCCCCGCAUCCGAAUUGUAA